AUGAUCGUAAAGUCUCCAAAUGAAGUCACGCCAUCCCUGAGAACCGUCAGAAGACGUCUCCAGCAUGCUGGGCUCCAUGGACGACGGCCAGCUAAGAAACCAUCGAUCAGCAAAAAAAAUAGGAUCGCCCGCGUUGCAUGGGCCAAAGCUCAUCUUCACUGGGGACGCCAGGAGUGGGCCAAUCACGUCUUCAGCGACGAAUCCAAGUUUAAUCUGUUCGGCACUGACGGUAUCAAGUGGAUUCGCCGUCCGGUUGGAUGUCGGUUCGAUCCCAGCUACCAGCUCCAAACCGUCAAGCAUGGAGGUGGUUCAGUGAUGGUGUGGGGAUGUUUCUCUGGGACUUCAAUCGGCCCCCUGAGAAGAAUUACGGGAAUCAUGGAUCGAUAUGUCUAUGAAGACAUCUUGGAAAAGACUAUGAGACCCUGGGCACGGUCUAAUGUGGGACGGGCGUUCGUUUUUCAGCAAGAUAACGAUCCCAAGCACACCUCGAAGCACAUCAAGGACUGGUUCCGACGCCGCCACGUGAAUCUUCUGGACUGGCCCAGUCAAUCUCCGGACUUGAACCCGAUCGAGCACCUCUGGGAGCAUGUCGAGAGACAACUCAGAGGGAUCCGUGCAUCGAAUGCCAAUCAGAAAUUCGAUCAACUCCAGUCUGUCUGGCAGGCCAUUCCGAUGUCUGUGAUCCACACCCUUCUCGACUCCAUGCCGAAAAGAUGUCAGGCGGUCAUCGACGCCAAAGGCUACCCAACAAAGUAUUAA